UGUUGUAAGCUUUAUAUAUUUGAGUGAAUUAUCAAACUUAAGGUAAAAAAACUGUUUAUGUUCUCGUUUAGUAGCACUAAAAAAAAAGGUGGACAAGUGUACUCUGCUGUACUGUAGGUGUCGAUUGGGGCAAAGCAAUGGAUGUGUUAAAUUUGAAUUCGAUAAAAAACCAUCACACACGAUUGACAUAUACGACAAACGAUUCUGAGCGAAGACGACCUGUCUGCCUAUACUAACAGGCGAGGACGUCAUGUCAGAGUCAAUUGCAUCAGUUAAUCUGCUGGAUAGCCGGGAGAAUAGGAGUGCAGCAGAGCAAUAAAUUAGCUCUAAUAAUGGGCACCGAGGAAUAAGAGAAACUGCAGGGGCAAAGGAAUCACCAUGGGCAUUCAUAGCGGGCGACAGUAUACGCGAAUCGAAGAGAAAGAUGACGCCAGAGAGCAGAACUCAACAGGGAUUUUCGCGCGCAUAUCAAAAGCACACCCUUUGUGGUGUAUCCCGAGGGAGGUCGCAGCUUGGCGCCGGAUGUAUUUGGACUUUCAGUUAGCGCGGUGACGGCAGCUGAGCCGUUCGAUAGCAUUUUGCACGUGAAGCUUACGGAAAAAUAAAACGACAUAGUGUGCUUUGGUAAAAUAAUUUUUUAACGAUAAAAUUGUACCAGUGUUUUUGAUAUUAUAAAAAUUCAUCAUCUCCCCUCCGUUUGUGUUGGACAUCAAGUACUUAAAACAAGGAAGUCGAUUACUUUGAUUUAAUAUUCUUGAUUGGAUAAAGAUCAACUACAGUAUGGAUUACAUCAGAGAAUUUGACAUAAGAUUAGACAAAGAAAUGUUUUAUGCAGGAGAAAUUCUGGAAGGCCACGUUGUUUUAGAUACAAUUGAAAACUUCAAAUUGAAAACAGUCCGGAUCGUCCUCAGGGGCAAGGCUCACGCGGAAUGGCAAGUGUUGGUUAGCGGUGAUCGUUCAGCUAUAAAAGACGAUCAGUACUUCAUUGACAAUCGAUCGUUAAUCUUCGGAAAAGUAGACCGGCAAGACGGUCCCGCUCCGAUCCUGCCGCGAGGAAUUCACCACUUCCCGUUCAAGUUCCAACUUCCUCAGAGCUCGUUGCCUUGUUCGUUCGAGAGCAAACCCGGAUACGUCAGAUACUACAUCAAGGUCACCCUCGACAUACCGUACGCGUCUCCUCCGCAAGGCAUGAAGUACUUCACCAUCAUAGGACCACACAUUGACUGCAUGGACGAUCAAUAUCUGAAGCCAAUUGGUGCCCUGGAAAAACGGACUAAAUGCUGUUUGUGCUGCAAAAGCAACAGAGUGGUUUUGCAGUGCUUACUGGAAAGGUCGGCGUACGUGUGCGGCGAGGCGCUGAGACUAAAAGCCAACAUAAAAAAUCAAAACGAAAAGGACAUCAGGCUUAAAGUCAGAUUACUACAGAACGUUCACUAUUCGGUGGAACGCGGCAUGCUGGGCGUCCAAAAUCAAAAAGACGUCCAACACUCGGUGUUGGAGUACAUCGGCGAACCAAUACGCACUGGGUGCGAAUCGCAAUGGGACUCUGCCGACGGCCUGGUCCUGCCAGUGAUGCCACCUACAUUGAUCGGCAACUGCAGGCUGUUACAAAUAUAUUACGUACUUAAGGUCUGCGUGGAUUUGGGUAAAGGAGACGAAGACCUUAACAUAACGUUUCCGAUAACAAUAGCAACUGUGCCGUUCAGGAUACCAAACUGUAACAAGACUCCUCAAAUAUUUUACAGUGUCGCGUGCGAUCACGUGGAGGGCGGUAGGUACAUCGGACCGGAGUUUUUGCUCGGCGGCCACGUUUACGAUGGGUCGCAGACCGAACAGAUCGUCCUGUACCGACCGGUGUACGUGAGCGUACGUCAGCCGAACUGCAACUCGACGUCAACGACGGCGGCGGCGGCGGCGACGGUGGCGGUGCCGACAGCGACGACGCUGACCACGGUGACCACGGCGACCACGGUGACCACGGCGACCACGGUGACCACGGCGACCACGGCGACCACGACCACGUGAAUGCGAAUGCAAAUUCGACGGCGGCGCGUUAUCGAUUCAUAUUACUGUUGUGUUUAUUGUAGUUUAUUAUUUCUCCAGCAGUCGACGGUACAAGACGACAGAUCCGUCGUGCGUUUAUUCAUUUAUUGUACGUGUGUGUGUGUUUGUUUGUGUGUGUGUGUUGGGAGGGGUGGGGAGGAAAUCAAAUUGUAAUGUAGACUUGCCAUUCUAUAUUAUUCUCUUAAGGUUUCUAUCAAUAAGAAAUUCAAGUAAUAAAAUUAUGUUUUCUAUUAUAUUUUUUAAAACAUGGGAGAAAACAUAAUAUACCUACCUAACUUAAACAUUUUGUAAGGUUUUGUCUCAAAGAGGCACAGAAAGUGCUGAGAAAGAAACUACCUAGGUACUCUAUACACUUUCUUGAUAUCUAUAACUCUAAAAGUAUUCUCUGAGACUUCGUCAAAAUUGGUGGAGUGGGUACCUAGUUUUUGAGUCUAUAUAGGCUACAAACAUAUUAUGGACAUCGCCUUUUGUAGCACAAUAUGAUGUAUUGUACCUACAACAAAGAAUUGAAAUAAAAUAAAAUUAUUAUAAAUCAUAUUAUAAUAAAAUCUAUUUAUGGAAUAACAAACAAUUAGUUAAAUAUCAUUUUAUUUUAUUAAAAAAAAAAACAUAUAGCAAUGCAUGGCUGGUCGGCUAGUCUAUAUAUUUAUUUUAAAAAAUAUAUUCAAAUUUCGUGAUUCAAAACGAAAUUCAUGUGUAAACCACUCUAUAGCAACCUUUAGAGGUAGAAAACACUGCCCCAGCCACAAUGAAUGUAUGCAAAAUUUGGUGCCAGUUGGUUUAGUAGUUUCAAAGUCAAUAAACCCUAUACAGCUAUACCAAUGUACAACAAUUCAUAAAAUAUCAAAGCUUGGCGGUAACUAGUUAAAAAAAAAAAAAUAACUCAGUAAGUAACUAAAUUAUUUAUUUUUAUAAAUAAUUGUAACUUAACUUAGUUAUUCUGUAAAAACUAAAGUUAUUUAUGAGUUUUCCUAUUAAGAACUGUAUGUCUGUACCUAUAUUAUUUGCAUUGAUAUUUCUGAGAACUGCCAGGACGGAGGGAUAUCUACCAACAAUAGGUACAUUAUAAUUUAUUAAUAUAUUAUAGACGUAUAAAGUACUUUGUGUUAUAGUGAAUAAUGAUUAUUAUUAUUUAUACAUUGGGCACUAAUUUGGAACAUAUUAGGAAGUUUAGGAAUUUAUAAGCAUACUGCUGCUUGAUAGGUAAUAAUACAAUUUCCAGAACUGACCUAAUUAGUAAUUUCUGAUACAGACAUUGAGACAUACAGUGAUAUCUAUAUACCUACAGCGCGUUGCCGUGUUUUCUACAAACUGCACUCUACAGUCUCAUAGUAGUUAUAAUAUUAUAUAGGGAUAUACCUAAAUAAAAUAUUACAAUAACAGUAGUUUAUCUUAUAAAAUCAUAU